AAUUUCCUAAGUGAUGAGAGCAGGGAGUGUCUUUUGUUAUGUUAAUGAGGCAACUUUCGGAAAGCGCCUGGUAAACUAAGGUUGGGGGCCGGAUGCUAGGGAUCCACCCCUGUGAUUAGAAGGUUGGAACUUUCAAUGCCCACCCCUCUUCCCAGGGAGGGAAGGGGCGGGGCUGGUGAUUGAUUCAAUCACCAAUGGCUAAAGAUGUAAUCAGUCAUGCCUGUGUAAUGAGGCCCCUGGGAAAACCCAAAAGAACAGGGUUUGGCGAGCGGGGGUGCUAUCCAUGUGGAGGUGCUGGGAAAGUGGUGCAGGUGAGCGCGGGAGCUUCAUGUCCUCUCCCAGGGCCGUUCCCUCUGCAUCUCUGCUAUCUGGCUGGUCCUUUUAUAAUAUUUCUCUGAGAUCAGUGAGCCGCUCUAGCAAAUUGAUUGAACCCAAAGAAGGGGUUGUGUGAACCUCUAGUGUAUAUCCAGUGGGUCAGAAGCACAGGUGAUAGCUUGGGCUUGCAUGCGACUGGUGUCAUAAGGUGGGGCAGUCCGGUGGGACUGAGCCCCUUAACCUGCGGAAUCUGAUGCUAUCUCCGGGUAGAGAGUGUCAGAAAUGAGUUGAAUAGUGGGACGGGAGCUUUGGUGGUGUGGAACAUCAGACCACCUACAAACACUUCGCAGCUCUCGCCCCCUCAUUGGAAUAGGAGACCAGAAUUGUUAGUAUGUUCUGAGGAUUAGGAUGAGGGUCGCUGUGGGGGCUUUUGGAGGGGGAAGUUAACCCGCCCGCCGCAGUACCUAUUUGGUAGUGGUGUAAUAAAGGGUGAGUUAUCCAGGCAUGCCUCUAAAUGUGGCUGGUUGGCUUUGCAGGAUAUCCUAUUGGGAAGAAGUUGAAGUAUGUCCUGGAGCAGCAGCAAUGGCCGACCUUCUCUGACAGACUAUUCGGGAAGAAUGGAGCACUGGAGGAGCAGAAAUCUCCAGGCAUCAAGAAAACAGACACGAGGUGUAUGUUGAGGACAUUCAGAUUUCGAGUGUGCGUGAGUCACUGGCUGGUGGUCAGGCUGACUGCCUCCUUGGGGAUCGCCUUGGGCUUUCCAGUCUCAGCACCGCACGUCCUGCAUCUGUGUGGCUGCUCCCCCCAGCCCUCCCCGCAUCCCCUGUGUACCUGGGGGCUUGGUCUCUCUCCUGAGGUCCUGAGGGCUUUGGCUGCAGGGGCCACGGAGGAAGUUCAGUAUCUCCUAAAGGACCUCAACCCCCUCCGUGUCUACAAGAUCCAGGACCGCUGCAAAUGCCUCGCAUUUGUAGAGCUGGGCUCCGUGCAGAAAGUGGCACUUGCAAUCCAGGAGCUGAAUGGGAGGCUUUUCCACAAACACAAACUGUACGUGAAUUCAAACAAAACGUCUUCCAGGAGGACCCCUGACGUGGGCUAGAGGCCCCAGGAACUGCCCGUUCUGGAGAAGCCCUUUGAUCAAGGAAUUGCCAGAACCACGGCAUGUAUGCAGCUCACACCUCAAGCUUCUGGUGACCCCCAUGGGAGAGAGAAACUGAGGACAGCUUUCUCAGUGCCCACGGAAAUGAGAGGGUGGUUCCUGGUGCUGCUUCUGAGGGAGUGCUUCCGAGACCUGCACGGCUGGCCACCAUCUGUGACGCUGGCGGGGAGGUGGGGCUGCCGGUGCCCACAUUGUCCUCAGAUGCCGUUCUUCUGGGCCAUGCACGUCACUGAGACUCUGCACCAGAACACACAGGUGCUGUCCUCCAGGGCCCUGGCCGCAGAGGAGCAGCAACCCUACCUGCGUGACCCUGCCGUGCGGCGUGGGACCCACUGUCUGGCCGAGUACCACCUGGGGGAUUAUGGGCCGGCCUGGAACAGAUGUGUGUGCUGGGGGCUGGACCGCGUAGACAGCUGGGCUGUGGUCAUGUUCAUUGACUUUGGCCGGUCGGCCACCGGCCCUGUGCAAAGCCUGCACAGCCUGGACAGCGACGGUUUCUGGAAUCCGCCUCUGAUGCAGCCAUUCCUGCGGGAGGAAGGGGAGCAGUCCUCCACCUCCCGAGGGCGUCAGGGACCUCGGGUAGCCAGGGGGCAGCUGAACCCUCAGGGUGCCCUUCAGCCUCUUUUCUCGCUGUUCUGCCCCAGUUUUCAGUAUCUGCCUCUGGAGUACUGGUUCUCAUACCCGCGCUGUGUGGGCCCCAGGAUCCCAAGGGGUCUCAGGUGCUGCCCAAAGGCUGGGCUCUGUUGUGGUGGCAGGUUGCGGUGGCAGGUUGUGGUGGCAGGGGAGGGCAGGCUUCCCACCCACUUCUGCCAGAGCCGGGCAGCCUACGCUUCACCUGUUUUAUGUACAUUGGAUUUUGCUUCAGAGUUCACUGGAGAAGGAUUCUGGAAUUUGAACCCCCACAAUAGGGGUUAGCAUUGGACUUGGGGUCUCCUGAUGUGUUGCUACUUUAGAUCCAGACACGGCUGGGGCCUCAGUUUCCACAUUUUUGAAAUGGAGAAGCCCCAUCUUUAGCCCCUUCUCAGUAUUGGGCUUAGGUGGGAUGUGAAAGGAUGAAAGAAUGCUUUGGGGGGUCAGGAGGAGAACCAGAGGUAAAGAAACACACACACACACACACAGAUGGAAAGACGGAGAAGCAUCUCCCCAAGUACAGAGCCAAGGCUCCCUGGGAGGCCAAAGGGGUCUUGUGCCCAGUGGUUAGGGACACCACCCAGAGGUCACUUUGGGUCACUGCAUGAAGAGGGCCCCUGCCGCCCAGCCUGGGGAGUAACUAGCCAACGGCUGCGGCCCAGGGGCUUCAGGUGAGGCUGAGCCUGACAUCUUGGGGGUUGGAGGGUGGCCCGGAGUAGAGGAGCCCCCCCACCCAGAAAGCAUCUCCCAGGACUUAGGGGAACCAGGGUGGCCAGCCCAGACUCGGGGCUCCCAGCUGUGGUGUGGACUUCUGAGACGGCUCUGGGAAGUCAGGCAGGCAGGCGUACAACUUUACCUUUAAAUGGAUGAGGAAAGUAAGGCUCAGGAAAGCGAAAGCUUCCUCAUGUUUCAUAGCAAGAAAAUGAUAUAGCGGGGUGGAACUGAGGUCUGACUCCUGAUGGAAGCCAGUUUCAUGGAUGGAAACAGUCCCAGAGCGAGGGGGAUGGCAGGCUGGCGGGAUCUGAGAAGGAAGGGGAGACCUGGGGAAAGGGGGGUUUCUGACCAGCGCCCUGCCCUGCCCGGUCCAGGCACACGAGAAUGCCAGCUCAUCACAGUGAAAGCCUGGCUCCAUCCGUCUUCAUCUCUCUCAAGAGCAGGGUUCAGUGAACACAAUUUUCUGUCCCCAGAAUUUCCCAUUAGAGAAUGUAAAGUCCCAGAUCCCCGUAAUUAUUUUUGCAACAGUAAUAAUGCCUUUUAUAUGCUCUUAUUUUGUCUCCCCAUCUCCCACCUUUCUAGCACUUUUAUCUCAUUUUAUUCUGGCAGCAGGGAGUUAGCCCUAACACGCAGAGGCUUGUCGGAGGAGCUGGUCUGCAGCCACAACCCUUUCCCGCAGCCCCGGCCUCACUUUUCUCUCUUGCUCCUCCUGCCUGACCAAGUGCUGCCAAGGUUUUGUUGUUGGGUUCUAUUUUGGGGAUGUUUUGAGUUCAUAUCAGGUAUACAUCGCAUCCUCAAAGGGAAAAUCACUGGUGCUUUGAACUUGGAGGUACGUGGCCCUAAAUCUGUGCUCUCCAUCCCCUCCGGCCCUGGGGGUCUCAGCUGCAGGCCACUGCCGUAGGCCUGCUGCUGCCUGUUUCCCUGGCAUCCCUUAGACGAACCCGAAGCUAUCCAAGGGCUUGAGUGGGCUGGCUGGGGUGGUUCUUCCUUCCUGCUGAGACUUUCUCUUUCUCUUCCAGUCACACAUCCUGAAGUUUGAAGAGUUUAAGUAGUGAGGCUGCAAUCCGCAUGUUCCCUCUCCUGUCCAGAUUCUGCCUGCCCAGCUCUCUCCUGCCCCUUUCCCUCCUGAGGCCUCGGGGGCGAAAAGAGCCAUCACUCUGGUGCCCAGCAUUGAUUUGAAUCCUAUUUGCCUUUACCCCUAGUUUGCCUCUCAAAAACAGGCGAUCUGUCACAUGUCUUCAGUUCCGCGACUCAGCCAUCAACAUUUGAGCCACACAUGGGAAGCCACCAUGAGGUUGAAAGCCCAAGGCAGCCAGUACAGUCUUCCCUUCUCUUCUUUGCACCCCCGGAGCGUGGUGUAAGCUGUCCUAAGUCUGGGGAACGGAGGCAUUUAUUUUCCUGGCAUUCCAUUCUAGUGUCUGGUAGGGAGCAUUCAAACAAUGAGCCAGCACCUUGGUGGAUAAACUUUGGCACGUUUCAUGAGUUCAGGGUGACUGAUUCCUGUCUGGCCAGCCCUCCCCAGUCCUGCCCUCUGAACAGCCGUAGUCAGAUUGAGAAGCCAUCCCGCGUGCCUCAUGAGCUGGCCCAGCCUGGGCGCUGCCGCUCCAGGCCCUGCCGGGGAUGGAGGUGGGGUGCACGCUUGAGGGGGAAGACCCCCAGGCUGAAGGUCCUGAAAGGGACGGGCAACUGGACGAGGAGGUGGAUUCUCUCAGAGUUGGUGCAACGCAUCUUACAGAAGCUGGUGCACCUUUACGUCAGGACCCAUCUUAAUGGAGCGGCUUGAAUCAAUAUUCUCCGAGUCAAACUUACUUCAGAGCUAUGUUGUUCCAGGACCAGAAGCAAGACACAGGAGGGUGAGCAAGGGAGCUACCAACAAUUACCCUUCAGUGUUAAUUAGAAGCCACUCCAGGGAGACAAACCAAUGAGCACCAGUUACAGUUGCACGGCAUAGAGCCGGACCCAGAGAGACCAGGCCCACGUUCGGGAGACUGUCCCCCGUUGCUCAGCUCAUUUACAAGCAAUUCUAUGAAGCCUCCUCUUAGGC